AUGACGGUGGACCUGAACGUGCCCUACUCGGCGUGCGAGCUGAAGAGGGUGAAGCGCCUGGAGCUGGGCGUGCUGGACCCAGAAAUUAUAAAAAAAAUAGGCGUGUGCGAAAUUGUGAACGUGGAUCUGUACAAAGAUGGCUUGCCAAGGGAGGGAGGCCUAAACGACAUCCGCAUGGGGACCAUAGACUACAAAACUUUGUGCGGGACGUGCAACAUGAACGUGAAAUAUUGCCCAGGCCACUUUGGCUACAUUGAGCUAGCCAAACCGAUGUACCACUACGGGUUCAUGAACGUAGUGCUGAAUGUGCUAAGGUGCGUGUGCUACCACUGUGGGAGGCUACUGUGCAAUACGAGCAACUCCAAGGUGAAGUUCAUAGAGAAAAUAAAGGUGAACAGUUUGAGGCUGAAGAGACUGUCGGAGGUGUGCCAAGGGAUCAAAGUGUGCGACCACUCCUCUCCACAGGAGGAGGACACGUUACACCUGAAUGAUAACUCGGUGGACAAUUUUUAUAAUAACGAUUUGAGCAACUUAAAUGUAAAUCAGCAAAUGCUUUUAAACCCCAACAGCUACGGUAACAUCUUCGAGAUUGUUAAUAAGGAAGACGUGGACUGUGGGUGUGUACAGCCCAAGUACUCCAGGGAAGGACCAAACAUGUUCAUUCAGUUUUUGCACUCUAGUGAAGAAGACAUAGAUGAGAGUAAGAGGAAAUUAAGUGCAGAAGAAGCAUUAGAUAUUUUGAAGAAAAUUAGAAAAGAAGAAAUGCCAAUUUUAGGAUUCAAUUCAGAUAGGUGUAUCCCCGCAUCCUUAAUUUUGACAUUCAUCCCGAUUCCUCCCCCGUGUGCGAGGCCUUACGUACAGUAUGGCAACCAGAGGAGUGAAGACGACCUGACUUUGAAGCUGCUAGACAUUGUUAAAACGAACAUACAGCUGAAGAGGCAAACGGAUAGGGGGGCCAAAUCGCAUGUUCUGCAGGAUCUUUGUGCCCUCCUACAAUUUCAUAUUACCACCCUAUUUGAUAAUGAUAUCCCGGGGAUGCCCAUUGCGACUACCCGUUCGAAGAAGCCAAUUAAAGCCAUACGGACCAGGCUGAAGGGGAAGGAAGGAAGGCUCAGAGGAAAUCUAAUGGGAAAGCGUGUGGACUUCUCUGCCAGAACAGUCAUUACAGGAGAUCCAAAUUUGAACAUAGACUACAUAGGAGUGCCCAAAUCAGUCGCCAUGACGUUGACGUUCUGCGAAACGGUGACUCCACUCAAUUACGAUGAUUUGAAGAAGCUCGUGGAAAGAGGGCCCUACGAAUGGCCAGGAGCCAAGUAUAUCAUUAGGGAUAACGGAACCAAGUAUGACCUUAGGCAUGUAAGGAAGAACUCAGAGAGGGAACUAGAAUAUGGCUACAAAGUGGAGAGGCACAUGACAGACGAGGAUUACAUCCUCUUCAAUCGGCAGCCUUCGCUUCACAAAAUGAGUAUCAUGGGGCAUAAGGCAAAGAUACUGCCCUACUCCACGUUCAGGCUUAACUUAGCUGUUACUUCCCCGUACAAUGCCGAUUUCGAUGGAGACGAAAUGAAUCUGCACCUUGCGCAGUCUCAUGAGACUAGGUCCGAAAUUAAGCACCUCAUGAUUGUGCAGAAGCAGAUCGUCUCUCCUCAGGGGAACAAGCCCGUUAUGGGAAUUGUACAGGACUCCCUCUUGGCCAUAAGGAAAUUCACAAGGAGGGAUAACUUCCUCACAAAGGAAGAAGUCAUGUCUUUGCUCAUCUGGAUUCCCUACUGGAAUCACGUGAUACCCACUCCUGCUAUUAUGAAGCCGAAGGCCCUGUGGACGGGAAAGCAGAUCUUCUCUAUGCUCCUCCAGUUUGAAGAUUUGGAAAGACUCAACGAUCCGCUGGGCAACGCCAAGAUGGGGGCUACCAACGCGAGCGGGUUCAGAGUGGAAGACGAAAUGGGUCGAGGGAACAGCGGUGGUAGUGGCGCACACCUCCACCCACAUAGCCCCCUAGCCAUUGGAGACACGCUAAGCGGUAAUGUGAAAAAUCAAGCUACUAUAAACGAAGCGACACGCACGAACAGUACAGAUGGUGCAUUCAAGGGGGGUAUUAGCGGCUGGGGGAGGAAUGUAAAAAUCAACCUGAUGAGGGACUCCUCCACCUCGUGUAAGGACGACAAUCCGUAUUGCUCCGUCAACGAUGGGAAGGUGAUUAUAAAGAAUAACGAGCUCUUGUGUGGAAUUAUUUGCAAACGCACGGUGGGUUCUUCCAGCGGAUCGCUGAUUCACAUUUUGUGGCAUGAAAUGGGGCCAGAUAAGACCAAAGAUUUCAUUUCCGCCCUGCAGAAGGUCACCAACAACUGGUUAGAGUACAUCGGGUUCACCGUCAGCUGCUCGGACAUCAUAGCUAGUAACAAGGUCCUCGAUAAGGUGAAAGAUAUUCUUAGUAAGUCCAAAAAGGAGGUGUCCAAAAUUGUGAAGAAGGCGCAAAGAGGGGAGUUGGAAUGCCAGCCGGGCAAGUCCCUCUACGAAUCUUUCGAAACGAGGGUAAACAACGAGCUGAACUGUGCCCGAGAAAUGGCAGGAAAGGUGGCCUCAGAAAGUUUAGACGAAAGGAAUAACAUCUUCAGCAUGGUGGCGAGUGGCUCCAAAGGAUCCAUCAUCAACAUCUCGCAAAUCAUAUCCUGUGUGGGCCAGCAAAAUGUGGAGGGGAAGCGAAUUCCCUUCGGAUUUAACCACAGGUCGCUGCCCCAUUUUAUAAAAUUUGAUUACGGUCCAGAAAGCAGAGGCUUUGUCUCCAAUUCGUAUUUAAGUGGACUCACCCCACAGGAAGUUUUCUUUCAUGCCAUGGGAGGAAGAGAAGGUAUCAUAGACACGGCGUGCAAGACGUCCGAAACGGGUUACAUUCAAAGGAGGCUAAUCAAAGCCAUGGAGGACGUCAUGGUGCAGUACGAUCGAACUGUUAGGAAUUCCUAUGGGGAUAUUAUUCAGUUCCUCUAUGGGGAGGAUGGAAUGGCUGGAGAGUAUAUAGAAGACCAAAUAAUUGAUUUGAUGAAGCUGGACAAUAAGGAGGUGAAAAAAUUGUAUAAAUAUAACUUUGACGAUGAUGAGGAUGACGAUCGUGAAGACAGCUACGGGAAGGACUACUACCUGAAGGGGGGCCAACACAGGAAAGGCUCCUACAUGGAGUACAGCAAGCAGAAUGUGCUGAAUCAGGAAUUCGAGGAGCUCCUAAAAUGUAAGAAUAACAUCUGCAAGGAGAUAUUCCCCGACGGGGAUGUAAGGCAGCACCUGCCCAUCAACAUGAACCGGCUCAUCGAGUUUGCCAAGUCGCAGUUCCCCUUCGUGCCCGUUCUGGGGGGCAAGGUGAAGGACCCCAUUGGUGCGAGUGGUAUGGGGCCGAAGAGGGGCAAACUGAAGAAGAGGGAGGAGAAGAAGGGGAAGAAUAAGAAGAAGAAGGAGAAGAAGGCGACCCCUUCCCACGAUCAGGCGAAGGCGGCCAGCGCCGCGUCCAACGCCGACGCGGCGCUGGGAGACCCCACCGACGAGCUGCGCAACAGCGAAUUCGUGUCGGAGAUCAAGAAGGAGUACGAGGCGAACGAACUCGCCGGCGCCAUGAAGGGGCAGGGCGCGUACAGCGGCUUCGAGCCCUUCGACGAGGACCUCGCGGAGGGGAGCGCUGAAGAAGGCGGUGACGAGGGAAGCGGUGAAGAGGAUAGCGAUGGCAACGAAAGUGGCGAGGAAAGCGGUGACGAGGGAAGUGGCGACGACCGCUCCCUCGUCAACCCCGUGGACAUCGUGCACAAAGUCAACCGCUUCCUAGAAAAACUAGUCAUCAUCAAACAAAUCAACAGCAACGACACGCUCUCGCUGGAGGCCCAGAACAACGCCACGGUGCUGCUGAAGGCCCACCUAAGAACCUACCUGAAUUCGAAGCUCCUGACGCAGACCCACAAGAUCAGCAUGAAGGGCAUCGACUGGCUUCUGCAAGAAAUUGAGAAGAAUUUCUACAAGUCGCUGUGCCACCCCGGAGAGUGCGUGGGCGCCUUGGCAGCCCAGUCGAUAGGAGAGCCCGCCACGCAGAUGACGCUCAAUACCUUCCACUUCGCCGGAGUGGGGUCCAAAAACGUAACGUUAGGGGUGCCCAGAUUGAAGGAGUUAAUUAACAUUGUAAAGAAUGUGAAGACCCCCUCCACGACGAUCUACCUAGACGAUGUCGUGUCCAAUGAUCAGCAGAAAGCCAAGGAUAUUUUAACCAAACUGGAAUACACAACUCUGAAGCAACUAACAUCACACGCUCAAAUUAUUUACGACCCUAACACGACGAGUACCAUUUUGGAAGAGGACAAACUGUGGGUCGACGAGUUCUACGAAUUUCCAGAUGAAGAUGACACACAGUAUACACUAGGAGAAUGGGUUCUACGGAUUCAGCUAACCAAUAUUCACGUGAAUGAGAAAAAGCUAACCAUGAAGGAAAUCGUCUACAUCAUUUACUCCGUCUUUUCCAGUGACGAGCUGGACAUCAUCUACACGGAUGAUAACUCGGAAGACCUUAUCCUAAGAAUUAGGGUUAAAUACCUAAAUGGGGAAUACAACUUUCUCAAUGACGACCCGGACCAGGCGCAGGAGGAUGAAUAUGAAGAGGAAGAAGAGGAAGAGGAGGAGGAAGAAAACUACAACAUUGGGAACACCUUCAAGGCGAAGAAGAACGUCGAGGCGGAUGGCAACCAGACCACACAGAGCAAGAAAAAUGAUAAGGACGAUAACCAAAGCGUUAGUAGCAACCGCUCCAGGAAUAACAGCGUGAAUAGUGAGAACCGAUUUGGAAGUGCCAACGGGAGUGCGAGCGGUACGGAGAGUGAAGACGACGAUGGGGCGGGGAAUCCCCAUCGGGAUGAAGCAGCGGUGAAGGAUAAAACGGGCAAGGGGAAGAGUGCCACUAAAAUGAAGAAACUCAAGGAGGAAAGUGCCAACCGGGCGGAUAGCAACUACGUUGAGGGGUACGAAGAAGCGGACUUGUUCGUCAAAGGGGAGGGCAGAAGUGGAGAGAGCGCCGUCGGGAGUGGAGUUGGAAGUGGUGCCGCAAAUGGCGCCGCGAAUGUCGCCCCAAAUGGCACCACGGAGGACAUGUUCGGGAAGGCCAACUUAAACGGAGAGGAAGAUGCCCUCGCCGCGAAGGGCAGAAGCAGCCUCAGCGGCGCCAACGCGGGUGGAGGCACCACGGGUGGAAAUGCCCCCAGUGGAAAUAAUGCAAACAGUCUAGAUAUGAACAGCAUGAGGAAUAUAACCAAUUUGAGCAACCCCGUUUACAUGAAGGAAGACACAGAAGAUACCUUUUUGAAGAAGCUGAUGGAGCAGUGCCUAUCGACGUUAAAGUUGAGGGGAAUAGAAAACAUUACCAAAGUGUACAUGCGAGAAGAGUCCAAAAUUACUUACGACUCGACCAAUGGGAAAUUUGUGAGGAGUUCCCACUGGGUCUUAGACACAGAUGGCUGCAAUUUGGAGCACAUCUUCUGUGCUUCCCACGUGGAUUAUAAGAAAACCGUUUCAAAUGAUAUAGUAGAAAUAUUUGAAGUGUUAGGAAUAGAGGCGGUGAGGAGAGCUCUCCUAAAAGAAUUGAGAACAGUCAUUUCGUUUGAUAGCUCCUAUGUGAAUUACAGACAUUUGUCUAUCCUCUGCGAUGUGAUGACUCAGAGGGGUUACCUAAUGUCCAUCACGAGACAUGGCAUCAAUAGGGUAGAUAGAGGUCCUCUAGUCAAGUGCAGCUUUGAAGAGACGGUGGAAAUACUCCUAGAAGCAGCUGCCUUUGCACAGGUAGAUAACCUCAAAGGAAUAACAGAGAAUAUCAUGCUGGGCCAGUUGUGCAAAAUAGGCACCGGCGUCUUCGACAUCAUUAUAGACAAUCAGAAGCUGAGUGAUGCCAAUCAAAAUUUAGAAACUCUGAUGGAUAUUACCAGCGCUGGGUUUACCACCCCAGAUAGUCACCAUGGAAUCACUCCAGAUGGGUUACAAUCACCGGUAGCAAUUAACACGCUAAACUCUCCGCUUCCCUUCUCCCCAACGUAUAAUGUAAAUUUGCUAUCGCCUACGGCUCCUCUAGACAGCGUCAACGGUAUUUUAUCCCCUCAAUGUCUGCAGAACUAUGGGGAUGGAAGUGGUGGAGGUGAAAGUAUCAUGUCUCCUUCCAAAAACGACUUUAACAAUUUGGACACGCUAAAAUUGGGGGGCAAAUUCUCUCCUACGCAAUCUCCCAAAUCACCCACGUCGGUUAUCCACUCCCCCUUCUCUCCCUUUGAUAAUCACAACCAGCAAGCACUCGAUCCCAGCAUGCUCUUCUCUCCAAAGAAUAACAACGUCGGCAGCAGUAGUAACAGCAUGUCUAUGAUGAAUUACAAUGUGUUUUCCCCCAAGGCAAAUUUGAAUAGCAUACAGUCGCCUGCCAUGCUGUACUCUCCUAAUCGCGCUUUAGACUUAUUUUCCCCCAAGCAGCAGACGCAGAACAAUAUUUACUCCCCUUCCUACUCGCCCACCUCUCCCACGUACCACCUGACCAACCCUGCCAGUGGUGGAGGCUCCUCCGGCUUGAACGGCACGAAGGCGUAUUACUCCCCGACGUCUCCAACGAAUCAGCUGGACGAGGUGAACCCCAAUAUGAUGAAAUACCACAGCGUCGUUUCGCCCGUCUACUCGGUUACCUCCCCGAAGUACUCGCCCACCUCGCCCAAGUAUUCGCCCACCUCGCCCAAGUAUUCGCCCACCUCGCCCAAGUACUCGCCAACCUCUCCCAAGUACUCGCCCACUUCCCCUAAGUACUCGCCCACGUCGCCGCAGUACUCCCCCUCGUCGCCCGUUCCGAACAACCCCAGCAGCCCCCACUACUCCCCCUACGCCAUAGCGUCUCCCAAAUUCUCGCCCACCUCCCCCGCGUACUCCAUCUCCUCCCCUGUGUACGACCAAAGCGGCAACGCCAGGAGCAAGAGCCAGCACCCCCUCUCCCCGGCCUACAUCCUGCAGUCCCCCGUGCAGGUCAAGCAGCACAUCCAGGACGUCAGCGUCUUCUCGCCCAUCCAGCAGGCCAAUGCGGAGGAGGUGCAGAACGAUGACCCCUUCUCCCCGAUGCCCUACAACAUGGAGGAGGACGAAAUGGAGCAGUGA